CGGGCUCUGGCGCUGCUCGGCGAGAUGCGUGAGGCGAAGGUGGAGCCAGACGUCAUCAGCUACAGCGCUGGGAUCAGCGCGUGCGAGAAAAGCGAGCAGUGGCCGCGGGCUCUGGCGCUGCUCUGCGAGAUGCGUGCAGCGAAGCUGGAGCCUGACGUCACACUCAGCUACAGCGCUGGGAUCAGCGCGUGCGAGAAGGGCGAGCAGUGGCAGCAGUCUCUGGCGCUGCUCAUCGAGAUGCGGGCGGUGAAGGUGGAGCUCGACGUCAUCUGUACUACAGCCAGCGCGUUGGAAUUAGGUCCAGCUCGGGGUUCCGUAGGUUCGCACGCGUUUCGCUGCCUUUCUGGUGGCGAGCCCUUUUCGGUGCUCGUUCGGACUAUGCGGCCAGUUCUUCGGAUUUCGCGGCUCGACUUGGACCGAAAAGGACAUUCGUUAUUUAUGUGUCAUUCCUCCUUUCAGCAUCACGGCUGU